CACAUAAUUACCGACCAUGGCGGAAUGUGGUCGAGUUGACAGCAACACAAGUCACACCAUGGAUAAAAGCAUUACUCUUCCUCCCGACGAAAUAUUCCGCAAUUUGGAAAACGCAAAGCGCUUCGCCAUAGACAUAGGUGGCUCCCUGACAAAGCUUGCCUACUAUUCAACUGUCCAACACAAAGUGGCCAAGGUGCGAUCUUUUGACCACACUACAAAGGAGGCUGCCAGUGACAAGCUGUAUGAAAUAUCAAUGCAGGAAGAGGUCACAGCACGCCUGCACUUUAUCAAGUUUGAAAAUGCUUACAUUGAGACGUGCUUGGAUUUCAUCAAAGACCAUCUGGUUAACACUGAAACCAAAGUUAUCAAAGCCACAGGUGGAGGGGCACACAAGUUCAAAGAGCUAAUCGAGAGGAAACUGGGACUUAAAGUGGACAAAGAGGAUGAGAUGACCUGCCUCAUCAAGGGCUGUAAUUUUGUACUGAGGAACAUACCACAUGAGGCAUUCGUGUACGCCAAGCAUGCUGACUCAGAGUUCCGCUUUCAGACGACUAAUCCAGACAUCUUCCCUUAUCUGCUGGUAAACAUCGGCUCUGGGGUGUCCAUAGUUAAGGUUGAAUCAGAAGACAAAUUUGAGAGAAUAGGAGGGAGCUCAAUAGGUGGAGGGACAUUUUGGGGCCUUGGAGCCCUUCUCACCAAAACAAAGAGAUUUGAUGAGCUACUGCAGUUGGCCUCAAAAGGACAGCAUACAAGUGUUGAUAUGCUUGUCAAAGAUAUCUACGGAGGAUCGUACGGCUAUUUGGGCUUGACUGGAGAUCUUAUAGCGAGUAGUUUUGGGAAGUCUGCUACUGCUGACAAAGAGUUUUCCAAAGAAGACAUGGCCAAGAGUUUGCUUCAUAUGAUCAGCAAUGACAUCGGGCAGCUGGCCUGUCUUUAUGCCAAGCUCCACAACCUGUCCAGAGUGUACUUUGGAGGCUUCUUUAUUAGAGGACACCCUGUUACCAUGCACACCAUCACCUAUAGCAUCAACUUCUUCACCAAGGGUGAAGUUCAGGCUUUGUUUUUGAGACAUGAAGGGUAUCUGGGAGCCAUCGGAGCCUUUCUUAAAGGAGCAGAAGAAGACAAUCCAAACCAGUACAGUUGGGGUGAGAAUUAUGCGGGUAGCUCAGGUCUGAUGAGCGUUUCUCCUGACAUGAAUCCUAUGCAACGUGCUCGUAGUGGAACGUUUCCCUUUGACAUGUUGGAGAUGGACCGUCUGGAAAGGCAGCUGGUGAAUCUGCCUCUGCUACAAGACCCUUCCUCUUACAUCCCUGACACUGUGGACCUCACUGAGGAUGCUCUGGCCCGUGAAUACUGGUUGUACUGCUUUGAAGAGGCCCUAGAUGGGGUGGUUAAGAGAGCUGUAGCAAGCCAACCCGACAUGCCAGAGGCGGCCCUGCGUGCUGAGAAGUUCCGUCAGAAAUACCGACACAAGCUUCAGACCCUUCGCCACCAGCCAUUUGCUUAUGGAUCCCUCACUGUCAGAAGUCUGUUAGACACGAGGGAACACUGUUUAGACGAGUUCAACUUUCCUGAUCCCUACUCUAAGAUCAAACAGAGGGAGAAUGACGUCGCUCUCAAGUACUAUCAAAAGGCGGUGAAGUCCCUGGAGGAGUUGAGCUGGGAGGAGAGACAGUUUGCCUUAGUCAGGGGCGUCCUGGCUGGAAAUGUCUUCGACUGGGGAGCCAAGGCCGUGUCAGACGUCCUGGAAUCUGACCCUGAGUUUGGGUUUGAGGAAGCUAAACGACAGUUGGAAGAGCGGCCGUGGCUUGUUGACUCCUAUGACCAGUGGCUCGAAAGACUAAAGGGUCCUCCUCAUAAGUGUGCCCUGUUUUUCGUAGAUAAUAGUGGAGUCGACAUCAUUCUAGGUGUGAUGCCUUUUGUGAGAGAGCUUCUCUCUCGAGGAACAGAGGUGGUAUUGGCCAGCAACUCUGGUCCAGCUUUGAACGACGUGACGAACGGUGAACUGCUGAUAUUGACAGAGAGAAUCGCUGCUAUGGAUCCUGUAAUUGAGGCUGGCCUGAGGGAGGACAGGUUGCUGUUGGUGCAGAGCGGUUCCAGUUCCCCAUGUUUGGAUCUGAGCCGCCUGGACAAAGUCUUGGCGAACGUUGUGCGGGAGCGAAAGACCGACCUGGUCAUCAUUGAGGGAAUGGGUCGAGCAAUCCACACCAACUACUACGCCAUGCUCAGCUGUGAGAGCCUCAAGAUGGCUGUCAUCAAAAACUCGUGGCUGGCCGACCGAUUGGGGGGGAAACUCUUUAGCGUGGUCUUCAAGUACGAAGUACCAGCUGGGAAACCGAACCAGGACUCCGGUGCGCUUUCGCCCUUCUGAGCGUGACAGAGCUCACGUUGAACCGGUUUGAGUUGUAGCUCUUAAUGUGAAGAUGAUGAUGGUAUACUGCCACUGAGUGAACAGCUGAUUUUAAUGCUGACUGUUAAAAGUUUAGGUGGGUUUUUAAGGAUGGUCAUUAAUAGGAGGAUUUGUACAUUUUUAUUUUUAAAUCGACUUUUGGCUUCAUGAACUUUUUAUUGUUUUCUUGCACAUCUGUCAACUUUUCUGUUGAAUCACAUAGUUUAUGGCUAUCAUCAGUACCUGUUUAGAGACGAAGCUUUUAUUUUGAAAACGUGCAUCCGUCAUGGGCAACAUGACUGCGCACACCAAAAAAAAUGUGACUUUUUGGCUGGGGUAUGUUUGUGCAUAAGAGAGCGAGAGCAGCAGGAAUAAUUAGAGCUUUCAGCGGUAAGACGUAUUUAAUGUGCCUUAAGGCUGAUGUGAUUAAAGUAUCACUCACUCAGUUUUGCUUUGAAUUCCUGGUGGAGGCUGCAUAUUACACAAAUAUUUUUUUUUUCAGCACUCUCACAACAUCGACAAAAUUCCAGUUUUUCUUUUCAUGACAUUCACGCCACCGAAUGAUUUGAAAUUAAGAAAUUUGCUCAUUGUCACUGUCAUUUGUGUAGCUGUUGAGGUGGAAUCAGGGAAAGAGCAGCACUUUAUCACAGUAAUUAAAAAAAAAAAAUGUGGUCAUGUUCCUCCACAAGGUGGCAGUAUUCUACUGUAAUGUAGAUUUUUACGCUCUACAUCUCUCCAAAGGUGCUUGGUGUCAAAAUCAACACUGCAUAUUUCAGGUUCAGUAAACUGUAAGCAUCACAUGGAACUUGAUGUCGCUGAGCUGGCUGGGGCACGAGUCCAUGCAUUCACUGUAAUCACCUGGCAUGUACAAAUACACACUGCGAUCCAUCCCUGAGUCACAUGACAUGUGUUUGAAGGCAAUAAUACGGCAGCUUCUAGUUGUAACAAACAUCAGACAUGAUGUGAGGUGGCUCAUUGUUUCGGUAACGUCAUCACAAAUGUCUGAAUUCAAGGCGAGAAGCCUCGGUGUGAAAAUAUCUCACCAAAGUUACAGCUGCUUCACUUGUGUACUCAUACUGCAAUAUUGUAUUUUUCAUUUGUACAUAUAUGUGAUAUACAAUUGUGUGUGUAUAUAGUUAUAUAUAUAUGAAUAUAUACUGUAUAUAUAUAUGAAAUUCAAUUGCAUCACUUCAGUUAAUCACACCAAGCACAAUUUUGAGUAUUAUUCUCUU